CUGGAGGGGCGAGGGCGGGGAGGUUUGGGUGGGAUGGGUGGGACUGGGGGUGGAGACGGGGGGAAUUGGUGAAAUGGAGUCAAAGGCAAACGAGGAGUCACGGAGGAGGACUGGAAUGAUGGCAUCCAAUCCAGAUUUUUUUCUUAACAGACUGCCACAAGAAGACACAGCUGCCAUGGAGGUCGUCUCUGCUCGUCAGCAUUGCUCCUGGUUUCACGAGGACACCUUUGUUUCCACAUCAGCAGUGUUGAACAGCUCACCUGCCACGAACACUGAGAGACACACUGUACGAUGUCUCUGCAGGUCAGACGAGUCAAAGCCAGGGAAGAGACUGUGGACAAUAAGGAAACCUCUGCUCAUUCACAACAAGGAAAAUUAUUGUGUAUUUUUCUUCAUAUGGCUUAGCAAUUAACUGUUUGUAUUUGCCAUCAUGUCAUUGUUUUAAUUUUCACCUGACUUGCACAGCCUGUCUUGAUUUUGUAAAGCUGACGUUGUUUUUAGAUCAUUUAUAUUCCACAACAUUGAUGUUUGUUUAUAAUGAGGAAACUGACCUGAAGACCUCAAGUACCCUGACAUACCAUAAAAUGACUCACUGAUCUCAGUUUCUCCCCUACUUUAUUACAAAACAGUCUCCAGUUUGCCUUUGUCAGACUCUUCAGGGCAGGGAAACCCAACAGGACGUGGGAAUACGUGUGUCAGACGGGCCAUCGUGUAUAUACGCUUUUAUAAAACUGAUAAAGGCAAACUAAUAGUUGUUUGUGUAUAUCCUCCAUGAACAUUGAAUGUGUAUAACUUCUCUGCUUCAUAAUGAUCUUUGCUCUUUCGCUGGAUGCUGAUUUGUAAUUCUUGAAAACGGUAAAUUGCCAUGUAAUUUGUAGCUACCUUGGUGACACAUUUCUGUGGCUGUGCAAAUUGAUUGUACUUGAUGCAUAGUGCAUAGCGCCUCGUUACUACUGUAUUAAAAUGCAGUAAAAUGCAGAACAUGUGGAUUCAGCUUCAAAUGAUCUUCGCGAGUGUCUGGGUGAUGGUGCAUUUAAUUCAAAUUUUCUCUGAAGCACCAAAGCUAAGUUAAUGUUAGCAUUGUUUACAGCAGGAUGAAAAGCAUCAACCCUCCCCCACCCGGCUUUACCAGCUCCUCCUCCUUGACAAGCUAGCGAGCUAGCGGCUGAUGUCGCUUUAAACGCGACCUGAAAUACCGCUGGUUUAAAACAGCACAGGGCCUGCUGGAUGAGACACAUUCAUCCAGAGAACACAAGAAACUACCUUUAUGGGACGCUUGUUCAGUGGAGAUUACGACGCGAUGACCAGCUAGCGAGCAGUCCAAAGCUAGCUGCGGCUAGCUGGUCGGCUACAUCACAGAGCUAGCUAAUAAUCCGGCUAGCUCUGGGAGCCGGAGCAGGAGCUCCGCCGACGAGCAUCCACCUCCGACUUCUCGCCUUUUUGAAAUUUGUUUUCGUGCCAUCACAUCCUGAAUUUGACCGAGCUUGGUUUUUACGUUUGUUCAGUUACCAAGGGAAGUUUUUUUCCGAUUAGGUAAUUGUAUGCGACCAAUGAUAGUUAUGUGGGUCACAGACAUGAUGGGGUUAACCUAUUAGCUGGAACAGCUGGUUAGCAGGACAGCUAGCCGGUUGUCCGUCCGCUGAGGAUUUUUUAUAAGUUAUUUUAAGUGGAUGGUGCAAUAACGCUAAUGCACGUGUUUAUAUUAUAAUUAUCCCGCAGUUCAUGUGCCUGAGGUUAGCAUCGGGUCGGACAUUGAAUUUGUGUCUUCUUUUGAAGUCGUCCGUCAUCAUCGUUAGCUAGCUGGAUAUUGUUAGCCAACGUUAAGUUAAGCGAGCAGCUUCACUAACCAGGUAAGUGCAGUCUGCUACAAACAAAGGUCACGCGGCUCGUUGAUUUCACUGUGUGAAUUUGCUAUUUGUUCUCUAGCUGUUGCGCCACGUCAGGUACCGCUUUUUAAUGACUUUAGCCUCGUUUCGACGAGCAUCAGACAUCCAGUGUGUGUGUGUGUGUGUACAUCACAGCUAACUGAAUUAGCAUCGGUCUGGCUGCGGUGUUAACGAUAGCUUUGCCUUUCUUCAUCGUGCCAUCUAGUUGGCUUGUUUACAUCCUCGGUGUUGCAUAUGAUGCUCAGUCUUCCCUGUGUGCGCACACAGUAAUCUAAUGGAUCAUGGUGAGUGAGGAGCUGUGUUUCCUCCUCGCCUAGCCGGACAGCUUGGUGUAGACUCGGUGCACUGUUUCGGGCUUUGGCGAGUGGAGGAUGGCAUUUCACGGCGCAGGCCGGCAGACCGUCUGUGGAGACUUGUUUCCGGGCUCGGAGCUGGGCCACAAGUAUUUCUGUGUCAACUCCUCCUGCGGAGCCCCCUCCACGGGCCUCAGCGCCACACCGUGCCUGACCGGACCCACUGCCCCGGCAGGAACCCCUCGUCACCCCACUGCGCUCGGAGGAAGCACCGGCGGCGGAGCAGCGGUGCCUCAGCCAUACAGCAACCCGGCCAGCGAGGUGCCCAGUCCGGCAGAGAUGGAGCCGGACCGCCCCAUUGGUUAUGGCGCAUUUGGAGUUGUCUGGUCAGUUACUGAUCCACGCGACGGCCGUAAGGUGGCUUUGAAGAAGAUGCCUAAUGUCUUCCAGAACCUGGUCUCCUGUAAGAGGGUCUUCAGAGAGCUGAGGAUGCUGUGCUUCUUCAAACAUGACAAUGUUUUGUCAGCUUUGGACAUUUUGCAGCCUCCACAGAUCGACUGUUUUGAGGAAAUCUACGUGAUAACAGAACUGAUGCAGAGCGACCUCCACAAAGUGAUCGUGUCUCCGCAGCCUCUCACCACCGACCACAUCAAGGUCUUCCUCUAUCAGAUCCUCCGAGGUUUGAAGUACCUGCACUCUGCUGGGAUCCUGCACAGGGACAUCAAACCUGGAAACCUGCUGGUCAACAGCAACUGCCUGCUGAAGAUUUGUGAUUUCGGUUUGGCGCGCGUGGAGGAGCCCGACCCGUCACGCCACAUGACCCAGGAGGUGGUGACGCAGUACUACAGAGCGCCAGAGGUGCUGAUGGGCUGCCGACACUACGGCUCGGCCAUCGACGUCUGGUCAGUGGGCUGCAUCUUCGCAGAGCUGCUGGGACGACGCAUCCUCUUCCAGGCUCAGAGCCCCAUUCAGCAGCUGGAUCUGAUCACAGACCUGCUGGGAACGCCUCCUCUGUCGGCCCUGGCGUCGGCCUGUGAAGGAGCCCGAGCCCACAUCCUGAGGGGGCCGCACAAACCGCCGUCGCUGUCGGUGCUCUACAUGCUGUCCGACGGGGCGACGCACGAGGCCGUGCACCUGCUCUGCCGGAUGCUGGUCUUUGAUCCGGCUAAGCGGAUUUCCGGCAGCGACGCCCUGUCUCACCCUUACCUGGACGAAGGGCGUCUGCGCUACCACACCUGCAUGUGUCAGUGCUGCUACUCUGUGCCCAGCGGCCGAGUUUACACCCGGGACUUUGAGCCGGCGGCCGAGCGGCCGUUCAGCCACAGCUACGAGAACAGUUUGCUGUCAGUGUGGCAGGGAAAAGAGUUAAUCCAUCGCUUCAUCACGGAGCACCAGCAGGGAAAACGAGUGCCGCUGUGCAUCAACCCUCAGAGUGCCGCCUUCAAGACCUUCAUCAGGUCCACAGCGUGGCACUCGUCCAAGGUGUCCAGGAAGGAGGAGAGAUGAAUGGUCCUCCUCUCCCCGCCGAGGAGCGACGGCAGUCUGAGAGAGGACAUCAUCGGCCGUGGCAUCCGAAAAUACCCAACAGUUUGGGUCUUUUUUUCUUUUUCUGUUCACCUGGAGCACGUGGAGGGAAAAACGACCACGAGAGAGGAAGACGUCCUCCUGAAAAUCCUCCCCUACAAAUCUGCAAAGGCUCCAGAAUAUGAAAACCACUGCUUCACUUUUCAGACGACCCAAACGGCUGACGCUCGAGGCGUUUUCGGUGCUGAAUUUCAAGAAAAAACAAACAAAACGAAAUGCUGCUUGAGGAAAAUAACUGAACUCGGUACUAGAUUGGGUUUUCCAUCUAUGUUAGUAGAGACAUGAAAAAAUGGUUUUAAUUGUUUGGUAGAAUUGUUGAUUUUUGAAGUCAUUCCAGCCCUGUGCAAUAUGGUUUAAUUUAAACAAGCGCUAAACA